CUUUAUCAAAAGCCAGCGAAUACGGCACAAACCAGUUGCGCAUGCGUAUUACGAUUUGUGGGCAGUAACAAGGAAGUGCAGCCACGGUUUGACGGUAGCGUUUGAAAGUUCUGCUGCUCACCUUUUCGGACUCAAGCCUUGUGAUGGCAGUGGACUGGAUUGGAUUCAGCUAUGCUGCAGCCAUCAUCUUCGGAGGAUUUAUGGGAUACAAGAGAAAAGGCAGUGUGAUGUCCCUGAUGGCCGGUUUAGUUUUUGGUGGAUUUUCUGCUUAUGGCGCAUACAAUGUCUCUUAUGACUCAAAGGACAUCAAGGUCUCGUUGUUGGCCGCAGGAGUCCUCGCAGUCGUGAUGGGAAUGAGAUACAAGAAAUCUGGAAAAUUAAUGCCUGCUGGCAUUAUGUCUGGGCUAAGCUUGCUGAUGGUGUUUCGGCUGUUACUACUCAUCAUGGUGUAACUGGUGGAACAACACUGACCAGAUGGAGGGUUUUCUGUCUCUCACUGAAGAAGCCUUGUUUUAAAGGAACCAUCGUUCCCAGCUAUCAUACUAAAACUUGUGUGUUGUGUGGUAACUUAACUUUAAUGUUACUAGAUACCUUGCAAAAGGCACCAGUGGGUGUUAAACAGAUGUAAGAUUAAUUACUACUCCAGUGGUGGCAGCACACCAGAUUUUCUCAAGCUUUGCAGGUGCUGUUGUUUGUUUUGGCAGCGGUUCACAUCAUACAACAAAAGCUGUCAGUGUUAGCAGAAAUAAUCAUGUCAAAAAAAAAAAAAGGGAACAAGUUUAAAGAAUAACAUUUAUAUUCCUGACUGCCCACAUGCUAUGUCUUUUAUGAUUAAAGUUAAUAUGUUUGUGAUUUUUUUCUUAUCAAAACUGAAUAAAUGAAUGCGAUUCUUAAA